CCGGAAGUUGGAAUCGCUAGUUUCCGUUUGAGUUCACAACUGCAACUGUUUGUUGAUGGUGGCAUAGCUAGCCAGUCUACUGCUAUGUCAAUAUUUUUGAUUUAGCUAGCUAAAACAAACAUUUUUACGAAGAAAAUGAGUUCUGAAGGGAAUCGACACGGGACGAAAAGACCUGGUUCUCCGAAUGAAGAUGGACCUACUCCAUGGGCAGCUGCAGAUCUGGGGGACAACGAGAGGAAGCAGAAGUUUUUGAGGUUGAUGGGCGCAGGGAAGAAAGAACACACUGGACGUCUAGUCAUUGGAGAUCACAAAUCAACAUCCCAUGUCCGCAGCGGGGCGGAGGACCAGAGGAUGAACUCUGAGCUGGAGUUGCAGUACCAGCAGGGGCUGGAUGGGAAGCUGUCAGGCAGGAACAGGAGACACGUCGGACUGGGCUUUAGCGAGCCUGACCCAGCCCCACCUCCACCACCCGUAGAGGGCCAAAGCAAGGCAGAGCAACCAGCCAGUCCCAAUGCCCCAGACAGCCCCUCAGAACCCCAGGGCUCACCAGACAAACCCCCCUCACCAAGCCCAGAGGACAAGAAACACACCUUCAAAAUGGCCUUUGUGAAGUCAUCCUAAGACUGGGAGAAAAACAGGCACUUUUUUUCUAAAGUCAAACCACAGAUUUGUACAUAAGUCGUUCUUUUGUGUCUCUGCAGUACUCCCAAGCUGAUGUUGUUUCCUUGUCAAUUUUUGUUAGGAAUUCCUAACUGAAAGAGGGACUGUACCGACGUGAUGUAAUGGUUCUGAGACGAAGCAAAAGCUUUAAUUAAAUUGUGUUGAAUGUCUCAUCAUGUUAUAAAAUGUACUUAAACAUCAAUAAACUGAAGUACCACACA